AACAUAUGUGAGCAUGAGAUAUGAAUUGUCUGCCCUGCUUCGGAAGCAAGGAAUCAGAUAUCAAAGAACAAGAGGAUUUGCGUGACGCACAACCAAAAGGACACCCCACUUCUCAACCUCCAGUAAUUACUAUGGAUACAUCAUCAGUCCCCGCUAGUAAACCCAAUAACCAAAAUCAUGAAAGCGCUACCAGCAACAUAAAUGGAACGAAUGAAGUUGCGGAUAACCCAGCCCGUAAUUUUGGUUUCCGAGAGUUGGCCAUGGCCACGAAAAAUUUCCGACGAGAAACUCUACUAGAUGAGAAUAGAGUUGGAAAAGUUUUUAAAGGAACCCUCCAGGGUACUGGCCAGGUUGUGGCUGUUAAGCAGCUAGAUAGACAUGGAACGAAAGCGAACAAAGAGUUCCUUGCUGAAGUCAUGAUGUUGAGUCGUCUUCGACAUCCAAAUCUUGUUGAAUUAAUAGGAUAUUGCGCAGAUGGAGAUCAGAGGAUUCUUGUUUAUGAAUACAUGCAAAUGGGUUCAUUGAAAAAUCAUCUGCAUGAGGUUCCACCAGAGAAAGAGCCGUUAGAUUGGGUCACAAGGAUGAAAAUAGCCUCAGGAGCUGCACAAGCUCUUGAGUAUUUACACGAGAAGACGAAUCCACCCAUUCUUUAUCGCACCUUCACAUCUCCAAACAUUUUGCUAGAUGAAAACUUAGAACCAAAGCUAUCAGAUUACGGGCUUGUGAGGCUUGAAAUCGACACUGGUAAUACUAUGCAACAAAGGAUGGUGUCUACUGUUGGUUGCGCUCCUGAAUAUGAACAAAAUGGUGAACUCACACCAAAAUCCGACGUUUACUGUUUUGGGGUUGUUCUACUCGAGCUCAUUACCGGAAGAAAAGCAUUAGACACCACUCUCCCAAUGGACGAACAGAAUCUUACCAAAUGGGCACAACCCUAUUUUAAGGAUCCAAAAAGGUUUCCCGAAAUGGUUGAUCCACGAUUGGAAGGAUCAUUUCCAGAUAAAAGUUUAAAUCAAGCAGUUGGGGUGGCUGCCAUGUGUGUACAAGACGACCCAUCCGUUCGACCAAUGAUCUCAGAUGUGGUGGCUGCACUUAGCUUCCUCGCCAUGGCUCCACCACCGCAACCACAACCACAAAAGGAUCCUACUACCGCUUCAACGAAUGAUCCAAAUGCGGAAAAUCAUUCGUCAUGUUUAUCGUCAUCAUCGAUAGAGGCGGAAGAUGAUGAUUAUAGCUGUAGUGAUUCUGAAGAUGAGGAUGAACAACACUACCAUAUGCGAACAAAACAUAACAAGAAUAGUUAUGAUGAAGAUAGAUGUGGCACUUCAUCUUCAGAAAGUUUAUAUAAUGAAGAUGAUUAUUGGGAGGAUGAAAGUCACCAUGAAGAAACAAGUUAUAGAUCAAAAUCAAAGAUAAAAAGCAUCAAGAGAAAAGUUACAUUUGGAAGAGAUAAAAGUGUAAGUAGGAAUUCAUCAAAAAAUAAGAGCUUGAAAAAACAUUCAGGUCCUAGUUUGCGAAAGACAAGCGUGAAUAGGAUAUCGCCUAAAACACAUUUAGGUUCGAAUUCGAGGAACAAAAUUGUUGAUAGGAAAUCAUCAAAAAACAAUGAAACGGAUAAUGUUAGUUUGAGCAAGAAAACUCAUGAUGCACUCGAAGAUCAUCAAAGUAGUAGCAACUCAUCACUAUCACCAGAUAAUGGUGAAAGUAGUAGAAGAGAUGUCACUCUUGAAUCAUCAAGAAAAAAUGUGGUUAAAUCUGAUACGGGCAUGAACAACAUUGAAGUAGAGAUUUUGGAUGGAGAAGAAGGGAUAAAUGCUAGAUUAUUAGAAGAUACAUAUGUUCCAAUUUGAAAGUUUGGUCAACUUAGAAUCAAGAUGAUAAAAGAAGAUAUGAUUAUUAUAGCCGUAUAUGUUAGUUUUCUGUGUGAAUUGUACAUUAUGAGUCAAGAUAUAGUCACUUCAUCCUUGUGAAUUUCGCCA